AGUAAAUUAGAGAUAAGUAUGAAUUACCAAAAUCAGAACGAACACACGCAACCAGAGACAAGAAGGGAAGCUGAUAAGCAGAUUUAUACGUACCAAUCAGACUGGGUUGUCUAUGCUUUAGGGUUCUCAUGGGGAGAGAGCAGUGAUUUUCGACUCGCGCUUGGAUCUUUGAAGGAAGAUUUAAGUAAUGAGAUUCAAAUCAUAAAGUUGAGUGAUAGCGAGACUGAAGAUUUUGAGUGCACUAUGAGAUUUGAUCAUGGAUUUCCAGCUACAAAGUUGAUGUGGAAACCAGAAAGAAGUGCGAUGAGAUCAAAUUUUCUUGCUACAACUAGUGAUUACUUAAGAAUUUGGGAAAUUGACGAAAAUAAUGUUACCACAAAACCGAAGUUGGAAUUAAAAGAUACUGCUCAAUCCUUCAGUGCUCCUUUGACCUCGUUCGAUUGGAACCAGAAAGACCCUGAUGUUAUUGGAGUUUGCAGUCUAGACACUACAUGCUCUAUUUGGGAUAUUCAAAGAGAAAGUAUUAAAGCCCAAUUAAUCGCGCACGACAAAGAAGUAUUCGAUAUCGGAUUCCAAGAUGUAAACUCAUUUGCUACUGUCGGUGCUGAUGGAUCUAUGAGACUUUUUGAUUUAAGGGCCUUAGAGCAUUCGACUAUUCUAUAUGAAACUAAUCAGCAAUCCACAACAGGUGAAGGAAAACCGCUACUCAGACUUGGAUGGAAUAAUCAAGAUCCUUCAUACAUCGCUACUUUUGAGCCUGAUAGCAAUAAAGUAGUAAUUCUUGACAUUAGAGUUCCUAUGAUCCCAGUCUGAGAAUUAGAAGGCCAUACAGAUUAUGUAGAUACUUUCUGAUGGGCUCCUCACUCGAGCUGCCAUAUUUGCACUGCUGGUGAUGACAAGCAAGCUUUAAUCUGGGAUCUCAGUGUGAUGCCAAAUGCAGUUACUGAUCCUAUUCUUUCUUAUAAAGCAGAAGCUGAAAUCACCAGCCUCCAAUGGUCAGCUACACAACAAGAUUGGGUUGCUAUUGCAUUCAACAGUACUCUCCAAAUGUUGAGAGUAUAAAUAAAUUUUUAUGAUUUCAGUACCAAAAACUGCAACU